GUAAAAUACUGCUCUGCACACUGUGCUUGUGCAUGCCAGCAUAGUGAAUUAGAGUUGAUCGGACCAGUGGAGUUUUACUGCUGCAGUUCAUGGGAUCACUGCAUGUAAUUUGACUUUUACCUGUGCUACAUGUGCAGCUGAUCUUCUGAAGGACUCCCUGCAGGAGAAAGCAGGAAGAGAAGCUCUUCUGACAGCUUUCUUGUUUCAGUGUCAUAUCCACACAGAGCCAGUCUAACAGGUAGAGUCAACAUGCUGGAGCAAGUUCUGUCAUUUGGCCGCUCCCUGGUGCGCAGGAAAGUGGUCGACCUGAACAGCCUGGAGGACUCUAAGCUCUGCCGCUGCCUGGGAACCGUCGACCUCAUCGCUCUGGGAGUGGGCAGCACCCUGGGCGCCGGCGUUUAUGUGCUGGCCGGUGAGGUCGCAAAGGGAGAUUCUGGCCCCAGCAUUGUCAUCUCUUUUCUAAUUGCUGCCCUGGCCUCUGUCAUGGCGGGUUUGUGUUACGCUGAGUUUGGGGCCCGUGUCCCCAAAACAGGCUCUGCUUAUCUUUACAGUUAUGUAACUGUGGGCGAGAUCUGGGCCUUCAUCACUGGGUGGAAUCUGAUUCUGUCCUAUGUGAUUGGCACCUCCUCAGUUGCCAGAGCCUGGAGUGGCACAUUUGAUGAAAUGAUAGGAGGACACAUAGAGACCUUCUGUAAAACCUACUUCAGCAUGAACUCCCCUGGUCUGGCUCAGUACCCUGACUUCUUUGCCGUCUGUCUGAUUCUGCUGCUCUCUGGGCUCCUGUCGUUUGGGGUGAAGGAAUCAGCCUGGGUCAAUAAAGUCUUCACCUCAGUCAAUGUGCUCGUGCUCUUGUUUGUCAUCAUCUCUGGCUUUGUCAAAGGAGACACGUACAACUGGAAGAUAACUGAAGAAUCUCUCAUAAAUGUCACCAUAGUUACAAGGAACUUGUCAGUCACAGCAAACGUGAGCAGCGAUUAUGGCGUCGGUGGAUUCAUGCCCUAUGGCUUCAGUGGCACUUUAGCUGGAGCCGCCACCUGCUUCUAUGCUUUUGUUGGUUUUGACUGCAUUGCGACAACAGGUGAGGAGGUUAAAAACCCGCAGAGGGCCAUUCCCAUUGGCAUCGUAGUGUCACUGACCGUGUGUUUCCUGGCGUACUUUGGUGUGUCUGCCGCACUCACCCUCAUGAUGCCCUACUACCUGCUGGAUGAGAAGAGCCCUCUGCCCAUGGCCUUUGAAUAUGUGGGAUGGUCCCCCGCCAAAUACGUAGUGGCUGUGGGUUCACUCUGUGCCCUUUCUACCAGCCUGCUGGGCUCCAUUUUCCCUAUGCCUCGUGUAAUCUAUGCUAUGGCAGAGGAUGGGGUGCUUUUCAAAGCCUUAGCCCGAAUCAAUCCUAAGACGAAGACCCCACUUAUUGCCACUAUGAGCUCCGGUGUAGUAGCAGCCAUCAUGGCUUUCCUGUUUGACCUCAAAGCCCUUGUUGACAUGAUGUCCAUUGGAACUCUGCUGGCCUACUCGCUGGUUGCUGCGUGUGUUCUCAUUCUCAGGUAUCAGCCAGACGCUCUGGUGCAGCGUGCAGGUACCGGAGAGAGGGAUUACCUGUCCUCGGAAGAGGGCGAGUCAGAGCUGACAGAGUCAGAGUCCCACCUCCACAUGUUGAAGAGCGGCAGCUCCGCCCUGCAGACUGUCCUUCACCCUCCUGUCUCACCUUCAGAGCAUUCCUCCAGUGUGGUCAACAUGUCCAUCAGUGUCCUGGUGCUGGUCGUGUGCGUGAUCAGCUACCUCACCACGUACCACAUCAGCGCCGUCCUUGGUAUGGAAGUGUGGAUCCUGGCGUUGUUGUGUGUGUGUCUCCUCAUCUUCAGUGGCUGCACCUUCAUGGUGUGCAGGCAGCCUCAGACUAACAAGAAGGUCUCCUUCAUGGUGCCUCUUCUGCCAUUUCUGCCCAUUCUGAGUAUAUUUGUGAAUAUUUACCUCAUGGUUCAGCUGAGUGGAGAUACCUGGAUACGUUUCUCUGUGUGGAUGGCUGUGGGCUUCCUGAUCUACUUUGGCUAUGGCAUAUGGCACAGUGUUGAGCGCCAGCGCCUACUCCAGAGUCCCCAAAACACCAGCAGCAGCAACACCACCCAGGAAAAGAGCAACAGCAGCAAGGAGAAGCAGGUCGGUGUGGGCACGGAAGGAAAAGACCAGGAGCAAUUCAUCAUCCCAGAGAAGACGAGCCGGUGUUAGAGUUUACCGGCUCAGCUACAGACUCUGUGAGGCAACAGACUCUGCAUUUAAAAGCACACUGCAGCUCUGCCUCGAUGCACUUAAAUCCACUGUUUCACCACAUGUGCUUCAGUCACAAGCACAUUCAGCCAGCAAGAGGCAAAGUCAGUAUUCUGUAUGAUGGAGAGACGCUCCGUCACCGUGAUUGGUCCUGUUACGUCACAUUGUACUUCAUGGACAGCAUUGAGGCAGAAGUGAACAGAACGGUAACACUGGAGAGUGAGGCUCACUUCCUCUCACACUGAAGCAAGGAAUUCCUGUUUCAGUAUGAACUCCAGUUUUGUUUUGUUUUGUUUUUUUUAAUCAUAUGUUUUCUGUCUUUCUCCGUGUGUCCAGAACAUCAUUAGACUUUGAUACGUCAGUUCAUGUGUUUGUAUUGUUAGUAAUGUUGGUUUGUGGUAUGUAAAAAAAAAAGCACUUGUUCUCUUACGUGAGUGUAAGAGGUGGAAUUAUUAUAGACAUAUAUACGUCAGCAUUUCUGCCAUCUUGAUUUGGGCAGGUCCACCGUGUAAACCAAUACACGCAGACAUGGAAACUUCAGAAUAAAACACACUAACGUUGACAUUUAUCUCGUUCUGAUUAAUCGUGUUUAUAUUGUAGGCUACUAAUUCCAUAAGAUUGUGUUUGAAAUAAGUAAUGUUCCUAAGAUGGCAGCGAUGUUGACACAUUCAGAGUCGGUCUACGUGUCUCUGAAUGAUACGUGCAUUAAUGUGAAAUUGAGAUAUAAAAUAUAAAAUCAUUCUAAAAACACUGACAUAUUUAGACCAGUGUACAAUAUGUCAAAUAGUCUUGUAGCCAUUCGACUGUCAGUGACCUGAAAGUGUAGCGAUAUUCAGGCUUCAGCAGAUACUGUAUAAUCUAACAAAUCACAACAAUAUUUACUGUAGUUAUUAAGUAUUAAGUUCUGGUUUUAUUCAGCUUGGCUUUUUUUUUUUUACACGUGUUACAUCUAUGAACUGGUAGCAUCUGUUACAGAGUCAGGACUCUGCUCAGUCAGUAUUUGUAGUUUCCUUCUAUAUCACACUGUGUUUUCAUGUGUGUCAUACGUUCAGGCUGUUUGGAAACAGUGACAGACUGGCUGUUGAUAUAAUUAUGAGAGCUGUGAUUAUAUCUGUUUGUUUACCACCUAACACGAUGCAAAAACAACCUGUUUCAAACUGAAGUAUUAAUGGAGAAAAGAAAAAUUAUUUUUUUCUCCUUGUCUUUGUUUCUCCUCCUCUGUGACCACGGUCUGCGUUGCCUCUUAACCAGUUUGAAAAUUCAUCCAUGUUUUUCUUGUACUAUGAAGAGAAAGAUUCAGCUCCAGGUUUACAGAAGAACCUGACUGAUAAGGUUUUACUCCAUUUGAAGUGGAGACACAUUUUUGGAGAGAUCAGACACUGCAGCUGUAGGAUACGAUGCGCUGAUUGGUGUGUAUGUGUGUGAGUGUGUGUGUGUGUGUGUCUAUCUUUGUAUGACCUUUUCUGGCAUAAACCAGUAGUCCUCAUGCAGACCAACACCUCCUCCUAAUGAGACAGAACCUCAUUUCUGGUGACGGUUAGGAUUAAAAUUAUAAGGAUACAUAAGUGUGUGUGUGUGUGUGUGUGCAGCAGUGAGGAGUGAGGUGGGUGCUCUACAUGUACCAGACUAAAGGUUCAACUUCCAGUGAAGUUGCAGAAUUAAACUCAUAAAAGUGUCACUUGUUUCCAACUGCAAUAAAAAGACAAAUACAAUACAUUUAUUUUCAAA